AUGGCUCCAGGACAUUUGGUCCAUAGUCACGCACACGAAGAAGAUUUGCCUGGGACGGUCAAUCUUCGAGCUGCAGAGGGGGACGACACAGCUUUUGGGCAAGCGUUAUAUCCCGUCCCAGCGGAGGACCCCAAUGAUCCUUUACAAUGGCCUGCCUGGAAGAAAUCAAUGAUCUUGCUCGUUUGCGCCUUAUACAGUUUUCUCGGCAACUGUGCGCUUCUAGGACCGUCGGUGUACAUCGGUCUAUAUGCGAAAGAGUUUGGCAUUAGCCCGACCAAGGCCUCUGACCUAGUGUCGUAUCCGAAUCUUGCAUUUGGCUUCGGGUCGUUGAUACUAGUACCGCUAUACCUCAAGAUUGGACGUCGUCCUGUCAUGCUGAUAUCCAUGGUGUUCUUCUGCGCAGGCCUAAUUGGUGCAUCCCAGGCAACUACUUUUGGUGGACUUAUGGCCUGUCGCAUCAUCCAUGGGUUCGGCUCAGGGGUUUGCGAAGCUUUACCCGUGCAGCUAGUCAACGAUGUAUUCUUUCUGCACGAACGUGGCUUGCGUAUCGGCUAUUACACUAUCGCACUUUGCUUCGGUUCCACGGGCCCUCUAUACGCUGGAUACAUGCUUGCGGGAGGCUACUCCUGGAAGCUGUACUUCUACGUCGUCUUCGCCUUUGCGGUCGCACUCCUCAUAGCGGCAUUCUUUGUAGUAGAAGAGACGGCCUACAAGCGCGUAUCGCCGACAACUUCCCCAGGAUCUACCUUGACCACGGAUAAGGUCGCCGACGCCUCCCACACCGAGUUCGCCUCUUCGGUCCCAACACGCAAAACGUUCGCACAACAGCUCAAAGUCUGGAAUGGCAUCGAUCACGAACAAGAAUUCUGGAUCAUGAUUCCUCGCUCUUUUACAUACUUCCUCGUUCCUCAGGUCCUAUGGGUGGCUACUUCGUUCGGCAUUUACAUUGGUCUCGGCGCAUUGGCCUUCAACUAUACCUUUCCCCUCAAGAUCACUGCGCCUCCAUACAAUUGGAGCGAGACCAACAGCGGACUCAUCACCAUCGCCACGUUCCUAGGCUUCUUGCUCGCUCUGCCAUUCCUCUCAUCGUCUGACCGUCUCGCCGCUCACUACACCCGGAAGAACGGUGGCAUUCGCGAAGCAGAGAUGCGCCUCGGCGUCAUGCUUCCCGCCAUGAUCGUCGCGCCUGCGGGAGUAAUCCUGUACGGCCUCGCCGCCCAAAAUAACCUCCACUGGAUCGCGUACUUCUUCGGCGUGGGAAUGGAUCAAUGGGGCGCGCUUUUCUACUUCAGCUUCACCCUCGCUUACGCGGUUGAUUCGUAUAAUGCCAACACAUCCGAAAUGCUCAUCGCAAUGAAUCUAGGCAAACAGGCGAUCAGUUUUGGCAUGGGCAUCUACCUUCUGGAUUGGAUCCUCGAGAAUGGUUUCUCGGUUACGAUAUCUGGUAUCUUUGCGUCUGUUUUGCUGGCGAAUAACUUGGUGCUGUUGAUAUUUAUGGUGUGGGGCAAGAGGAUUCGUAUUUUCAUGAGCAAGACUUGGCUUGCGAGGUUGCAUAGAGGGACGAUUAAGAGUGUCGAGGUUGCUUAG